CAUUAGCAUAAUUUCCUUCGCUUCGCUCAAAGAAGAAGAAUUGUGAUAUUAUCUCAAAAUGAACCGUAUUUUAUCCCUCAUUUUCAGCCUUAUUUUGAUAACGGCCUCACUAGGUGACGAUAAGAAUAUUCAAAAGAGUGAAACAGCCAAGAUUACUGUGUCAGAAUCAGAGAAAAAGAAUCAGGAGCGAGUUGAGAUUAACGUAGAAACAACCAAGAUCGAGCGAGAUGGACUUGGAAACUUUAAAGACGCUCAAGUUUUGAAGGUUGCUUUCCAAGUGACUGUUAUCGAAGGCAAUAUUCAUGUCAAUGGCCUGAGAGCACAGCAUGGAGCCGUUACAGCUUUCCACUUCCAUGCUGAAAUUGAUGAAAUCAGCCAGAGCAAACAAGUCUUGCGUCAUCACACUGCACCAAUCAUGAUUCGUGUCCUGGUUAUUGAGGGAUCUCAGGCUGUAGGAGCCAACCAUAUUGAUAAGCUUGAUGUAGAGGCCCAGAUAGUGGAAAUUGAUGGCAAGCUGGUCAAAGAGAUUGAUGUAACUCAGAUGGUUAUCAAGCUUGAUUCAGCCAAGAAUGAGCUCUUGAAAGAACGUAAAGUAACUAUUAUCCGUGUGGCUGAAAGCAAAAUUACUUCUCAUGCUCCUAAGAGUGAUAUCCAUGUACACAACCGCGGAGGUCAUCUUCCUGACAAGCCUUUCCAUGCUACCAAGGAGGACAUGGAACACUUCCGCAAACAGGGAAAACCAAUGAAGCCCAAGAAACCACUGCAUUCUGAGAAAACUUCAAAUGGUGGAAAGACUGACCAGUAUGAACACAGUAUUUGCAAAGGUUUCCACAACCUACCAUUCGGAGCACGCCUGUCAAUCUUCCUUCUAUUGACCAUUAUCGGCCUAACAACUGUAUUCUGUUGUGUCCGUGCUUUCUGCUGCAAGCCUCCAGCCAAGGGAAAGAAGUUUAACUUGGAUGAGUUUGAUGACAAGUGUGAUUUUGAUGGUGUUUUCGAUGCCCCUCCAUUGGAUACCAAGAUUCCUCUGGAGAAGCAAAAACUGGUGCUUGAAGCUUGAUUCUACCCCAUUGUAUGAUAAAUUUUUUUUWAAUUUCUUGGUUAUUAGUUCAAAUUCUCUGUCACUUAGAUGGCUCAUUAUGAAGAAGUGAGUAGAUGUUACAUAGUGAAACCUCUAGCUAAGGUUGCUAUUACUUUUUGAACUCCUCUAAAAAAAUUAAAUUUGAAAAUCUAUUUUAAUGGAUACUUCAUAAACCCUUGAAGACCACUGGAAAAGCUUAAAAUCACACUCCCUUAAUCUUGCCAUUACAUAAUUCAGUCACCUUGUGAAAACGUCUUGGCAAAAGAAUUGAAUGUGCAACUGAAACUUGGCUUGUGAGACAUGUUUCAUAAGGGCUUGUGUUUCGUAAUAUAACCUUACCUUGUGAAAUUUGUUUUAAAGUGCUGUUGCACAGUCUUGCCCUCAAGUUUUCAUCUCCUUCACCAUGUAACAGUUAUAACCAACAAGGCUGUUGGUUUUUGACAAAAUUUGGACUAAUAACAAGCAACUUUAUUUUUUCCUAAAAUGCUGUUUCUAAUAUCUUUUGUAAUCAAAUUAAGCUACCAGUUUUGAAAAUUAUGUUUAAUUUAAAUUGCUUCGACAACAAAUUUAUUCCAAGCGUUUCCUGCUGAUUUUAAGGAGCCUUUUAUUUGGUUUUUAUUUUAUUUGUAUUUUUUUUUUUUUUGUCUUGUAGUUUUUAGGCUUAAGAAGUAUCUUUGUUAAAAAGUAUAAUUGUUACUUUGCAUAUGUUUAUGUUUGGGCAUUAAUGAUUAAGCUGAUCGUUGGAGCACUGCUGUUUUUUAAGAGAGAAUUUUUUUUGGUCAUUUGCUCGGAUUUGGAAGAUACAUAUGGAGCUGUCUUGACUCACUGUUGAGCGGGAACAGCUCUACAUGACAAGAGAUUUGUCAAAAAAAGUCAUCUUCCUUGAUCUCCCAAAGAAAUGUUGUUUAUUUAGCUUUCACAAAAGUUGUUCAAGUUAACUAGAUGAAAGUAGACGAAACGAAACUGAAAAGUCGUACAUCCAAUGCACCGGGAAAGUCGUACAUUAAAACAAACACAAGGACGCUUGUCCUUUAAGACA